AUGCGAUUGCUCUUAAUAGUCGCGUCAUUGGGUGUCGUUUUGGCACAGAAUGACAUCGCCAAAAACAUUCAAACACGCGCCAUUAGCGAAGCGACAAAUUCCGGCGAGAAAUUCAAAAUCUAUGUUGGAACCAUUGAUGGAGUUCGACGAGAAAUUUUCAAUGAAGUCGACGGAGGACAAAUUGAAGUUGCCCCGGAUAAUACUCCAAACAGUGCCGAUCCAUUCGGAGCUUAUGAUGAUAGCAAUGUAGUCAGCACUGACAAUGAGAAGGUCCUGUUCGUUCCAAAACCAUAUCGUCCAGGAGGCGACAAGAAGGAGCCAAAGACGACGAAGGCGACAACGACUGUCAGACCAACAACUGCACCACCGACCACUAUCCGAACGAUCCCAUUUGUUCCAACUACUCGAGCCACAUUCGCCACUCUCCCACCAGUCACCCAGGCUCCGAUUCAGCCAUUCCAGCCAAGACCAAUUCAGACGAUCGCUCCAUCGUUCAAUCGUCCGCCACCACCAACAGCUCCGCCACGUGUCUUACCACCACAACAGCCAUUCCAGCCAGUGCAGCCAAUUCAGCCACAGCAGCCAUUCGUGCAGAGACCACAACAGCCAUUCACGCGCAGACCAUUUGUUCCACAAACAAGGCCAGCUCCAGUCACUGCUCCAACAACUGCAGCUCCUCGGCAACCAUUCCAGAAGGGACAGAACCUCAGAACUGGGCAAUGCCCAGCGUCGAUCUUCUACAUUUCCACACCGAUCACCGGACCAUCUCGUCUUACAUUCACUCAUUUCGCUGUUGCCGUCACUGUCGAUCAGUGUGCGAGAACAUGUCACGAAUUCAACUGCGCGAUUGCUCAUUACAAUCCACUCAACGGACAUUGCGAAUUCAAUCCAUCAACCGCUUUCGCUAUUCGAAAUGGACAAUGCCCGGCUUGGCCAAGCCUCCAUUACAGAAACAAUGUCGUCGCCAACGAGCCAGUGAGAAUCUUCUGUGUGACAUGCCAGCGACCAAGAAGGCGUCCAACCGGUAGAAGACCAUUCCGCGGUCAGGCGAGACGUGGACAGAGGCUUGGACGCACAGCUGGUGCUACUUCUUCGAGAUCCACUGUCGACAGCCAACGUUCCUCGUCAACAAAGCAGCGUAAACUCAGAGAAACUUCUUCGGAGCGAAGCGAUAGUGCUCCAUCUAGAGGAAACAGAGAAAGUCAGCUGGACCUUUUGAAGCAGCUUGAAGACCUUCAAUUAUGA